UGUCCCGAGAGGUUGCGAGUAGAAGACCAGCUCCUAUCGCUCCCGCACCCCAAAUCCCAAUACCAUUGACUCCUUCUUGCGUUCUAGGGUUCCCGUUCUCCUCUGGUCUGCCCCUCUCUCAUCAUAAAAACCCUCAUCCUUGGUGGAAGUCGGAGGGGGCCAACCAUGGCGUACGUCGACCACGCCUUCUCCAUCUCCGACGAGGACGUCAUGAUGGGCGACUCCAGCCGCGCCAUCCAGAACCGCCCCCCCGUCAAGGAGAUCGCCUUCGCCGUUUCCCUCCUCGUCUUCGGCUCCCUGGCCAUCGCCAUCGGUUCCGUCAUGGCUGCCAACCGCGUCGGCGGCGAUCGCGCCCACGGGGUUUUCUUUGCGAUAUUGGGGUCGGUGUUGUUCCUGCCGGGGUUUUACUACACGAGGAUAGCUUAUUAUGCAUACAAGGGUUACAAAGGCUUCUACUUCGACAAUAUUCCCUCUGUCUAAGGGAAUAGACACUGUUCAUGUGUUAAUUUGCUCUCUAUGCCUCCGCCACUGUAUGAAUAAAUACUUUGAUGAGGCUUUAGUAGUGUUCUUUGUGUCUUCUUCUGGCACAGUUUGCAAUGCAGAGACUGUAGAGUUAUGGAGGUUCUAAUUAGCAUGCUAGAUUUUUAA